UUCGGUUUACUUUUGGUUUCGGCCGAAACCAGAAAUUCAGUUUCGGUCGGCCUCUAAUGCAAACCAAUUUGGUUCGCCGUCAUAUUUAUGCAAUCGGCGAUAACGCAUUGUCAGUGGUGCACAUGCACAAAUACUCAAAACACGUGUCAAUAACACUGCCGCUUGUACUCAUAUUCAUUUUAUGGUGAUGAAUGUGUUGACUUUUUGCGCACUCUUUGAUAUUAUUUUCCAUCUGUGGUGAAAAAACAUUACCCAAAUGAACAUAAACACAAUCCAUUGCUUGAACGAGGAUUAACCUAUUUAUUGCACGCACAAAUCCUGGAGAUUAAACCACUUGCUAUCCGGCCUUCACCAUCAUGCAAAGGCAACGGCUCAUCUCAUCACAGCUGCGUAAUGGGCAUAUGUAAGUAGAAAGCAAUUUUGUAUCUGCACAUAUAAAUAAAACAUAAUUUAGCCAUCAUCAUAUUGCCUUUCCAGAAUCACAUUUAUCCUGCAGCGUUUGUCUUAAGCGAGCAAACGCGCGGGGACUGGUUUCCGCUUCUUUGUUCUCAUCAGCAGAGUCCGGCUUGUUAAACCAACGCGUUGUCUCGACGUUUACUGGCCCCGGGGGGCACUCCGUUUUAAACGACGGGGGCCUUUUGUGCCACCUUACCAUCGCCGCGUUCCCAUUUUCGCCGAGGCAAGGAUGUUGGGGGGCUGGCGUUGCGAUUGCCGGACUUGUUUCUUGGUGUGGCCGGAGGGGACCCCCCCACCACCGUGCGCGUUGCGUUCUCGAGUUGGCGUCACUUUCUCACGCUCCUCCUUCGCUAAAGGAGGCCGAGACCUCGAGCCACUCGAGGUGGGUCCGUCCGCCCCCAGUGGCCGGGAAGAGUGACCAUGCGUCUCGACGCUCGGGUUACACGCAUCCGCUUAGCGGCUACCCGAAAGUGGCGUUUAAAAUUUUGCGGGGGGGGGGGGUUGUUUUAUUUCACGGAUACGAGUUUGAAUCUUUGCUAAUGCAGGAUAAAAAAAAAACUUUCAAGUCAAGCGAGCUCUUUGCUCAUCUUGCGUCACAGCGGUGUGCGACUGCUGUACUUUUUAAAACGUCAACCUAGUGACACACGGUUGGCUACGUGAAGGUUCGAAAGAAGUUCAAUAUAUAUACAUACAUCAUUACAUGAUUCCUAAAAGUUUGUUUUAUUAAUCAUCAAUGAAGCUUUCUGCCUGUUUAUUAUGCUGCAUUUCCCUUUAAAUUCAGCGGUAGGUUGAUUUCUAUAUUAGUUUAAUGGAAAAAAAGCUUUGAAUAAUCAUACAUAUGCACGGAUUAUGUGACACUUUCCAACAUGCGUUUGUCCUCGAAAGUAUACAAUUAGCAGUAAAUAAGCCGAUGGAUAAUUAUCAGGGCAAAAUGUGUUUGCAUGUUGACAAAUCGUCUUUUUUUCCCUGUGGUUUGUGUCUCCGAUUUUUGUUGGCCAACGCUUGCAUCAAUUUGGGCGGUUUUCAAUCGGGGAAAGUCUCAGACAGCAGCACGAUUAUAUACUAAAGUUGAAUUUCACAUUGGAUUAUGGUCACAAGAGUGAUGGUGCCUCCUCCCUACGUUACGGACGGCCAGCCAGCCGGGUGGCCAGAGACUCGUGCGUGAACUCUCUCGACCAUAGUUGGGGACUGUCAAGCAAUAUAAUUGCUUCCCAGCAGUGGAUUUCUCUGCAAGUGUGACAGCUGUUCAGAAGAGACCUUCCAAGUGGCAGGAUGAAAGAGCCAGACUCGGCAGCUUGAAGGAGAACUGGGAUUUGUGAUGGAGAUCGUGGUCUGAUGUGAUGUAGCUCAGUCUGACGGUGCCGACUCCCACACAAGUGAGGCUCGUAUAUUGACAACAACAAUGAAACUUCGAGGAAAUGCAAAGCUCAUUUGGAUUUGCAAGAAAAUCCACGGAUUACCUCAAUUAACAGGACGGAGCAGCUCGAUCAACACUCGGAGAGCUAGCGUUGUCAGGUCGGCAAAAGCAAACGCCGAGGAGCGAAACUAAUCGCCGCGCCUCUUCGAUAGACGGAUCCGCACGACUGCGUCAACCUCGUGACAACCACCGCCAAGACUCUUUUCCCCCCCACCACCCCUCAUCCACCGCCCGCCGUGCCGCACAUUCGCGGUUUAACUUGGUGGGGGGGGGAGGGGAGGAAGGCGCUCUCCCAAGACGACUUUUGCAGGACUGCCCCGGACGGACGGACGUGCGUGCGAUCGAGGACUGAGCGGGUCGCCCCAUGAGCGGGCGCGAUGGCGUGGACCUGCUCGCCGAGAAGCUGCUCGUCGCGGCGCACAGGGGCCGUGUGGGCGACGUCGUGGAGCUCAUCAAUCGAGGCGCCCCCAGCGCCAUCAACAAGCACGGACGCUCCCCGCUGCACCUGGCAGCGAGCCGUGGCCAUGCGGAGGUGGUGCGGUUGUUGGCGAGCGCCGGCUGCAACCUGGACCUGCAGGACGACGGUGGCCAGACGGCGCUGCACCGCGCAGUCGAGGCGGGCAGCACGGCCGUGCUGUCGGUGCUCCUGGAUGAGGGCUGCUCGCUCGACCGCCAGGACACGUCUGGGAGCACUGCUCUGCAUGAGGCUGCGUGGAAGGGCUACAGCCAGUCCGUGAAGCUGCUGGUGAAGGCAGGUGCCAACGUCCACGUCAAGAACCACGCAGGGAGCACCCCGCUACACCUCGCCUGCCAGAACGGACACUCGCAGAGCUGCCGGGGACUGCUGCUCGGUGGAUCGCGUCCGGACGCCAAGAACCACAUGGGCGACACGUGCACGCACAUCGCGGCCCGCUACAACCACGUCACCGUCGUGCGCAUCCUCAUCAGCGCUUUCUGCUCCGUCGACGAAAAGAACGAGCUUGGUGACACGGCGCUGCACGUGACCGCGCAGCUUAACCACAGGAAAGUGACGCGACUGCUCCUGGCAGCUGGGGCCAACCCAACGCCCAAGAACAACGCUGAGCUGACGCCGCUGGACGUGGCCAGGGAGCACGACAACGCCGAUGUGGCUCUCCUGCUCAGCCGGGCACCGCAUGCUGCGAGCGUCGUGCCCAGGAGGCGAAGCGGAAAGGAGAGGGAGCCGCCCGCGCAGCAGAGGCGCUCACGAUCCGUCCCUCGCAACCACAAGGUGUUUAAGGAUCGCUCGUCCACAAACGGCAGCAGCAGCAGCAGCCAGCGAGCGGGCGGGUCCGGGGAGAGGACGGGGAGGCGGGGGAAGCAGCUCGCUCCACUCAGUCUCUCAGCCACGUCCCCGACAGCAGCCACAGCCGCCACAGCCGCCGGCACCACCACAGCCGUCGCCCUGCCUCUGACACAGAGAGGGACUCACAAGAGGGGCAUCACCUUUUCCGACCCGGCCUACUUAACGAGCCAUUCGGCGCCCGGCCGCCGUGACGACAAGAGGAGGUGGAAACCGCGCCAGGGGUCGGUGGCGGCCCUCGCCCCUCCCCGGCCCGCGUCUCCACCCCCGCCGACCCAGCGCGCCUACCAGCUCUACACCCUGUACCGCGACCGCGAGGGAAAGCUCAAGCAGGCCGCCCUCAACGGGUGUCGCUGCGACCCGCUGAUUCAGCGAGUCGACGGGAAGAUGGAGGCGACGCGGGAGGAGCUCAUGGCGGAGAUCGACUGCGUCAAGGACAGGGUCAACGCUCGCCUCGGGGAGGUGGAGAGCCGGACCAAGCACCAGCUGCUGCGGAUCAACAAGCUGACGAAGGAGCGCGUCGCGGCCGAGGGCACGAAGUGCCUGCACCGAAUCGACCAGCGAGCGGUGGCCGAACGCAGGGACGUACUCGCCCAACAGGAGGCUGUGAGCCAGGAGAUCAGGACGGAUCUGCAAGCCUGGUGCCUCGAGAAGAUUCAAGCCAUGGAGAGCCGCCUCCGAGAUGGCUCCCCUCGCCCUGAACCCAGAGAGAAGCCGGCCGACAGACAGUCAUAUGAUACCUCGGUCGGCCAGGCACUCAACGGUAGUGCUUCCGCCAGGCAGGAAGAGGCGACCGGUACAAGCAUGAUAGACGCGUUCGCGCCGUCGCCUUCGCAUUCCCGCUCGACGUCCUUUUCCGCUUCUGCUUCCGCCGAUCGGCAGGAGUCCCAGCAGGGCGGCGAUGGCGGCGGCGCCGGCGCAGGUGGCAGCCGUGGCUUCUACCUUAGCCUGCAGCACAGCCCCACCGCGCCGCCCUCCCUGCGACACGGGGCGUCGCCCACGGCAGAGCUGGCGGCCCCCGUCGUGGCGGUCGAACCUGCGUACGCGUUUGAACACGGGGCGCAGGGCCCGGCCGUCCUGGAGCCGGGCGGUGGUGCGGCACGCCGCUCGCCGGAGCUGGUGGCGCUGGGUCUGGGGGACGCGCCCGGCGCAAGGGACGCCCUGCAGGUGACCCGGUGCUUCCUGGACGCAGUCUCGUCCCACCUGGAGGGUUGGUACCUGCGUCGAGUGGAGGAGGAGCGGGCGGAGGUGGCGCGAAGGGCGAUGCAGGACCGUGCCGAGAUGCAGGCGCAGAUCCGGACGCUGGAGGAGCAGCUGCGUGCGAUGAAGACGCAAGCGGGGGCGCGUGGGGAGGAAGAGACACGGCCCGGGCGAUGACACCGUGACACGCCACGAAUUUAGUUGUUUCGCCAUGGCAGGGUUUCCCGAGCUCCAAUCCUCGUGAACCACCACAGACUACCUUUCCGUGUUUAUGUCGCUACACUCUGCAUGCGCUCGAUUAUGAAACAUAGUGCCAUACAUAGCCAGCGAGAAAGAAUAUCCUGUGGGGAGGCUGCAAAUAAACUUUGAGGGUGCUGAGAUCAUUAUCAUCAGCCAAGGUUUAUCCACUGCUGGAUGGUGGCCUCCUCAAGCUACCGCCACCUCUCAUAUUCUGCAAUGUAAUAUACACAAGUAGACUUUUUAAAUGAAUUAAAUAUUUAUUUUUCGGCCGAUGAAGUUAGAUAUUUUAUAAAUGUAUGGAAAUGAGAGUGUAAAGUUACCACUAACAGAGCAUGUGGUAUACGUCAUUGCCAAGGACAUGGAUUCACACAUUGUGUCCGUAUACCACAAGAUCUGCUAGUCGUGAGUUUCUUACUCUCUUUCCGAGUCCGGCUACUCAAGAUUUCACUGGAUAGUCUGUGUGUGAAUACACGAUGGUUUGAGAGGGCUAAGCUCUCUUAGCCUUGGCCAACGGCCGCCUAUAGUGACAAAGAGAGCGUUCCAUACAUCACGUGGGACGUGUUUAGCAAUCAUCAGGCAUGUGCAGCGUGUCACGACUUAAUCUGCAAUUCAACUGAUAAAAUCGAUAAACGUGGAAAGAUGUAGGAGAGGAAUGGCGUUUAGGAAACCGUGCACUAUGAGAUGUAUUAAAAAAACUGUUUAACGCGCAACGCGUUCUAAUUUAAAAUAGAGCAUUUAUUUUCACAUUAUAUUUUGGUAAGCAUGUAUGCCUGCAUGUGUCAUUUCAACAAGCGGCAUCGAUAAUGGACUGUUCGAAGAAUAUGUUGUCACGUGCUGAGGUCAUAGACUGAAAGUUUGCAUAUUUAUUUGCACGUCUUUCUUGUUCUGCAAUGAGGGGUUAGAAAUGAUCCGAGUCUCUUGUCCGCAUCAUUUCAAGGAAAGGACUUUGGCUGCAAGUGCCCUGCUAUAGAACAGAGUUUCUUUUGGUGCACUGGAAUGCCACCUGUUCUGAGUAUAAUAACCAGGUCACUUUGGCUAAAUCUUUUCAAUUUCAAUCUGAGAAAUUAAAAAAGCGGCAAGAAUGUUCUGGUUGUUACGGUUGGAACGCCUAAAUUCAUCAACACCCAGGAGCUGAUUAGAUCUUUUCGGGGACACUCCAAGUGAAAUUACAAGUCUUAUGUAAGUUACAUACGAGCGCUAAAAAUGCACGCCGACUUCCAGCAACACAGAACGUUAUGUAAGUGACUGUGUCGUGAAGUCGGUUGCAGCCACGCAUUAUAGCAGCAGACUUCUCUGUCAUUUUGUGUUCCCGUGAGCAGCUGCCAGGGCAAUUAAAUUCUCGCGACGCAGAGGGUAACUCUCCUAUGUACGUUUGACGAGUUUCAUUUCCUGAAGCCAGGCAACAAGUCUGCAGAACAGAACUUUAAUGUCCCAAGUGAUGGGUGGUGCUUGCAUAAGAUAAUAGGGGGUUUUCUCCAAGCUAAUUGUAGAAACUGAGCUCUCUCAUAGUGGUAUGGACUACCAGACUAUGUUACUGUAAUUCUGCAGCGCAAUUUGGCUUCUGUGAAGCCCUCCCUUUUGAAAAUUAUCUUAAAGUAUUACGCCCGAUGCGGUCUCAAACUUCAAAUGCAGUCACCACGCCUCCUGCCUGCAGUACCCGGUGAUGGAUUUGGUGCAGAGUUGCAUUCCUGAUACUCAGCCGAGCUAAGGAAUGCCCACGCAUCAAAAGAAAUGCAAUUUAAAAUGCGCGUAUGUUACGGUCGUCACGUACCGCAAGUUAUAAAAUGGAAAAGCUGUGCCGCGUUUUUCUGUUUCUUUCUCAAAAGAUAUCGAACAGCAACCAUCGUUACUGUACUAUUGGCUGUACAUUGUUGUACGUUUCCAUAUUGUAAUGUAUGCCAUUUUUUCAGUAAAACUUGAAAAAUAAAUGCGCUAAUCCAGUGG